AUGGGCAGCAACCGUCACGGAAAGAAGCGGAAGAUCGACAAGUUUAGACAAAAGGGCGAGUCCAUCAUCGAGGACAGGCUUCAAAGCAAGAAGGCAUAUCUAGCCCAAACUGAAAAACGCGUCAUAAAGCUCAACUAUGUACGGCACACUGGAAGCCUCGAUCUGGGGGAAGACGAGUACCGGUCCCAGAUUAAGCAGUUGGAACGUUUGAUCACAGCCUUGAGAGGAGAUGUUGUUGUUAUCCAAACCUCUCGUCACGAACUCAGCGGUAGACUCAUGGAUAAUAUGAUUUGGCAACAUGACCGUCAGAACACGGAUGGGGCCUAUCUGGAUCUUUUGAUCAGUCGCUGCAAGGCACAUGAUGUAGCAAGGCUGUCUUUGUUUGCUUCAAGAGAUCCAAGUGCCCAAGAAAGGUUCCGAAAGAAGGUUUUGAAAGCAUACGAUACAGUAGAUCUGGAUACGGCGUGGUGUGUAAUCUCUGGCAAAUACCUUCCGGCGUCCACUGUGAGGGCAGCCCAUAUUGUUCGGUACAAAGUGGGCAAGCUUUCUGCGCGCCACCUGUUUGGGCCACUUAGCGACAAAGAUGGCCAUCUAAUGGCAGACAAGAACGGCAUCCCAAUAUACUACAAGUACGAAGCGGCUUUCGACGAUGCACGCUUGGUCAUCGUACCAGAUGGAGACCCACGAAAAGGCUGUUGGAAAGUACAUUGCCUUGACGAUCCCGAUACCCAUAAAUCGUCUGGAUUGGUCCCAUUUGGUCGUGAGCUUCAUGGGCGCUCGUUGCAGUUCCGGAACGACUUUCGACCCUCUGCUCAAUACUUAUACUUUGCGUUUUUCGCAGCCUACCGUAACCAGAAUUCGCUCACUCCUGUCGUCUCCAAGGAUAAGCGUCUCCCGAGACGCCAUAGGCGAGAUAACGAGAGAUAUGAGGAGGUUGAGGAGGUUGAGGAGGAUAAGGAGGAGGUUGAGGUUGAGGAGGAGGAGGAGGAGGAGGAGGAGGAGGAGGAGGAGGAGGAGGAGGAGGAGAAGGAGUCAUUUAUUAUUGUGAUCUAA